AUGCAUAAUCCGAUCGUACCCUGCAGCAUGCGUGCAGGCAGCCUCUCCGAUCCUGGCUUUGGGGCGCGCCUGGCAUCCCUGGCCAUCGCGCUGACCAAUGCCUUCCCCGUCUUUGUCGUGGGCGCAGCCGUUCUGGGCUUGAUGCGCCCCGCGUCCUUUGACUGGUUCAGGGCCGAGUAUGUCACGGCGGGGCUGGCGGCCACCAUGCUGGGCAUGGGCCUGACGCUGACCUUUGAGGAGCUGCGCCAGGUGCUGUCCCGCCCGCGCCAGAUUGCGGUGGGGUUCGUACUGCAAUACACCAUCAUGCCCGGCAGCGCGUACCUCAUCUCCCGCCUCGUCUCCCUCCCCCUGGACCACGUCAUCGGCCUGUGCCUGGUGGGCUCCUGCCCCGGCGGCACCGCCUCGAACGUGGUCACCUUCCUGGCGGGCGCCGACGUCACGCUCAGCGUGGCCAUGACCGCCGCCAGCACCCUUGGGGCGGUGGUCAUGACCCCCACCAUGACCGGGCUCACGCUGGGCACGUUGGUGCCCGUGGACGGCCCCGCCCUCCUCCUCUCCACCCUCCAGGUGGUGUUGGGCCCGGUCCUCCUGGGCACGGCCCUCAAUUCCUGCUUUCCACGCGCCGUGGCGGCCGUGGCCCCGGCCUGCGCGCUGUCCGCCGUAGCCGUCAUCGCCCUCAUCUGCGGGCGGGUGAUUGCCGCCAACGCCGCCGCUGUCCUCGCCGCGGGGCCCCGGCUGCUCCUCGCCGUCGCCGCCCUGCACGGCUUGGGAUUCGCGCUGGGAUACUUCCUGAGCCGACUGGUGGGGGUGCCGGAGCGCGCCGCGCGCACUAACAGCAUUGAGGUUGGCAUGCAGAACAGCGCGCUGGGGGCCGUGCUGGCCACUGCGCACUUUUCCGCGCACCCGCUCGCAGCGGUGCCCUGCGCCAUCUCCGCCUGCAUGCACAGCGUCAUGGGCAGCCUGCUGGCCGCGUACUGGAGGGGCAGGGACGCCUGA